CCCCAAGACAGGCAGUCCAGGCCCUUCUAACCCAAGUUGAGUUCAGGCCCUGGCACCUUUCUGCUGUGGAGCUUCAAUGCCGAAAGGGAAUUUCACAUCUGUAGAUGGCAGGAGUCAGAGAGGCUGGUCACCAAAGAGAAACACAGCCUCCCCUCAAAUGCCUUCUAGAAAUCCUACCUCCCCCUCUUUAUUUCUCCCAGUCUAAGACUAAUUACAGUUGCCAUGAAGAUACAUGGCUUUGAUCAACAUUUUCACUGCCUCUCCCCUGACAUGCUGCCUUCCCCAGCUUCCACUGAUCGUGAGGGUACCCAGAUGCUCCACAUCUGCUGUAUUCAACUCAUCUCCUCAUACCCAGGGUGAUCAAACUGCUCAUUCUCUCUCAACAAUCCCACCAUGACUUCCUUCCACUACCACCAUCCUUACUACCUUUUGCCUGAGGGAUAUCAUUUAUUCAGCAAGGAUUUAUUGAGUGCCGACUACAUACAGGCUGUGUUAAGUACAGUGGAAAGAGAUGAACUGUAGAGUUACCUGGACCUGGUUUGAAUCUUUGUUCUGCAUUUACUAGCUGAGUGCCCUUGGAUAGGCCACCUUGCCUCCAGGAGCUUCGGUUUGUGAAGGUUUGUGACAGUGUGUGUACAACACUUCAUCUACAGUGGGUCCUCGAUAAGUGGCAGCAGUCCCCAUUUUUAUCAGACACAUAAAGACACCUUUCUUAUUAGACACAAAAGAAAUGGAACACAAAAUGUCCAUACCUCAGAAGAGAAAAUCUGGUUGAGAUGACCUUAAUAUGAGCUAGAACAAAGAAUUAAAAGAACAGUAUAAAGGCAAGUCACAAAUAAGCGCAAAAGUGUUAACAGUAAGUGCUAUAGGAGUUUAUGCCAAAAGAUCCGCAUGCACUGGGAAUUUGUCAAAAAACAUUAAUUUGUGCUGCAUUUUAAGAAAGGUGUAGACUUCAGUUCUGAAAGGGGUGGGGUGGAGGAUGGGAAGACGUUCUAGGCUGAGAAGAUCUUGAAGCAGGAAAGGGGAGGAGAGCAGCUUGGCUGAAGUGGAAGGUCCAUGCCUGGGAGAAAGAAAGUUGGACUAGGGUGGGGUGAGCCUCAGAUGCAGCUAGAACCUGUUUUAUCUUCAAAUAAUAGGGUGCUGGGCUGGGCACUGUGGCUCAUGCCUGUAAUCCCAGCGACUCAGGAAGCUGGGGUGGGAGAACUGCUUGAGGCCAGGAUUUCAAGACCAGCCUGGGCAACACAGCGAGACCCCAUCUCUGAAAAAGUAAGAAAUAUUAGCUGGGCAUGUUGGUGCACACCCAUAGUCACAGCUGCUUGGGAGGCUGAGGUAAGAGGAUCACUUGGGCCCAGGUGUUUGAGGCUGCAAUGAGUCAUUAUCAUCCCAUUGCACUCCAGCCUGGGAGACAGAGCAAGACCCUGACUCAAUUAAAAAUAAAUAAAUAGGAGCUAUUGAUGGUUCUUGAGUAGAAAAGUAAAGAGUGCCACAAUGAAGGUGAAAGCAGUAUCGCAGUGUGAUAAGUAGACAGGGGUCUGGAGUCAAUGGACUGAUAGAAGAAACUGGGAGUACCUCUGAUUGUGGAAGUCCACGUGUGAUGGAAUCAAGGCUCAGGCCAGACAGGAACCCAAAUUAUCUGCUUAAAUGAUUCACAAAUGAGAAUCACUUUGGGAGCUUUAAAGAUGAGAACACGUUCGUGGGCCUUGCCCCCAUUUGUGCAUUUUCUCAACGUUCCCCAGGAGCUGAUGAUGCAGCACAGGCGUGGGAGCUUUAAACUAGUCCAACUCUUACACAAAGGGCAAAUUUUCUUAGCGGACUAAGAAACGUAACUCAAAGAGGUUAAGUGACUGAACCAAAGUCACACUCCUAGUUAGUGACAGAGGAGAACCUAAGUUGGACCCUCCCGUCUGGACCCGGGGCUCCUUCCUCUAGGCUGGACCAUUGCAGCACCCGACAGGGGCAACACUCCAGCGGAAUCCCCUGCAACCUGCCCUUAGGCUGAGGCUUCCCUAGAGGGCCUUCCCUGUUUCUCCAGAGCCAGUGUUCACUAGUUCCCCAGACCCUGUAAACUCCAUCGUGGUCUUCCUAAAUGGGACUUCUCCUCAGGCUGUCCAGCAGGAAAGAAGGGAGUAGCAGGAAUACGUGGGUACCCUGGUUCCGUGGCCACUAGAGGUAAGGUGGGCUGGGGGUAGGGGUUAGAGAGCAAGAGAAGCAGCCCAGGUGAGAUGUCAAAGAUCAAGUUUUCAAGGCCACCAGGGAAGGAGGCUCUAGUCCUAAGGUUAAAGUCAGCCAGGGCUCAGUUUGGGAAGCUCAGGUGUGUGGUGAGAAAGCUGCUGAGCUGCGGCCAGUUUGCAGUACCAAGGAGAGCUGCUGGACCAGAGAUGGAGACUGAGGUCCCAGAAAGGCACUGCUGGAGCAGGAAGAUCUGGGCCAGCCACCAAAGGGAUGUGAACCUGGAGCGAAGCAGGAGGACUGAAACUUGGGCAACCUUCCUCUUCAGGGGUGCUGGAGGGCUCCUGGGCACAUCCAGGCCGGGGAAGAAGCCCCCGGGAGAGGUGUGGUGUUCACACGCAUCACAGGUUCAGGAGAAUGCAGGAGGAGGCCUGAGAAGAGCUGCGGAUUUGGUCACUCCCGGGAAGCGUUAGGAGAGGAGUGGAUGAUUCGGAAGGUGAAGGUGGAGGACGAAGAUCAGGAGGCAGAAGAGGAGGUCGAAUGGCCCCAGCAUCUAUCGUUACUUCCCAGCCCCUUUCCCGCGCCUGACCUGGGGCAUCUGGCUGCCGCUUACAAACUGGAGCCAGGGGCCCCGGGGGCACUGAGUGGGCUCGCGCUGUCUGGGUGGGGUCCGAUGCCGGAGAAGCCCUACGGCUGCGGGGAGUGUGAGCGGCGCUUCCGGGACCAGCUGACGUUGCGACUGCACCAGCGGCUGCACCGGGGCGAGGGCCCCUGCGCCUGCCCGGACUGCGGCCGCAGCUUCACGCAGCGCGCCCACAUGCUACUGCAUCAGCGCAGCCACCGCGGCGAGCGGCCUUUCCCGUGCUCCGAGUGCGACAAGCGCUUCAGCAAGAAGGCCCAUCUGACCCGCCACCUGCGCACGCACACGGGCGAGCGGCCCUAUCCGUGCGCGGAGUGCGGCAAGCGCUUCAGCCAGAAGAUCCACCUGGGCUCGCACCAAAAGACCCACACCGGCGAGCGGCCCUUUCCCUGCACGGAAUGCGAGAAGCGCUUUCGCAAGAAGACGCACUUGAUUCGGCACCAGCGCAUCCAUACGGGCGAGAGGCCUUACCAGUGCGCACAGUGCGCACGCAGCUUCACGCACAAGCAGCACUUGGUGCGGCACCAAAGGGUGCACCAGGCGGCCGGCCCGGCCAGGCCCUCUCCCGACUCGUCAGCUUCUCCUCAUUCCACUGCCCCGUCCCCGACCCCAUCCUUUCCCGGGCCAAAGCCUUUCGCCUGCUCCGACUGCGGCUUGAGCUUCGGCUGGAAAAAGAACCUCGCCACGCACCAGUGUCUGCACCGCAGCGAGGGUCGCCCCUUUGGGUGCGAUGAGUGCGCACUGGGCGCCACCGUGGAUGCCCCCGCCGCCGAGCCCCUGGCCAGCGCGCCUGGCGGACCGGGCUGCGGCCCAGGAUCCGAUCCUGUGGUGCCCCAGCGCGCCCCCUCGGGCGAGCGGUCCUUCUUCUGCCCGGACUGCGGGCGCGGCUUCGCCCAUGGGCAGCACCUGGCGCGGCACCGGCGCGUGCACACGGGCGAACGGCCCUUCGCCUGCACGCAGUGUGACCGCCGCUUCGGCUCGCGGCCUAAUCUGGUCGCCCACUCCAGGGCCCACAGCGGCGCCAGGCCUUUCGCCUGCGCUCAGUGCGGCCGCCGCUUCAGCCGCAAGUCGCACCUGGGCCGCCACCAGGCGGUGCACACUGGCAGCCGCCCCCACGCCUGCGCCGUCUGCGCCCGCAGCUUCAGCUCCAAAACCAACCUAGUCCGCCACCAGGCGAUCCACACAGGCUCCCGCCCCUUCUCCUGCCCGCAGUGCGGAAAGAGCUUCAGCCGCAAGACCCACCUGGUGCGGCACCAGCUCAUUCACGGCGAAACCGCCCACGCGGCCCCGGACGCCGCCCUUGCGGCCCCAGCCUGGUCCACUCUCCCCGAGGUGGCGCCGCCCCCGCUCUUCUUCUGAGCCUAGUUCUCACGAGGACCCUUUCUUGCCCACAGUUUCGAGAGGCCCGUGCCAUGAGACCGCCUGGGGUGAGCAAGGCGACCUGGGCUGCUGCCCGAAGGUUUGGCCGCCGCGGGACUCCUGUUUC